AUGAAUAGAUUUGUGAUACUGACCGGUAUUUUCAUUUACUACGUAAUAUGGCUACUGCUUCCGAUUUUUGAUCUUGAAAAUACAAUACUAGGGUUUCCCUUACCAUCUAUAUAUGCUGCUAUUUGUCCGGUUGUCUUACUUCUAGUGGGCGUUUUUUGCGUCGUUUCAUUUUUGGGUGGUUUGGUGUUGUGCUCUGAAACGCACGACCAGAAAGUCAUGGAGAAGUAA